GCUCGCCGGAGAUGGUGGGCGACGGCGCGGGCGCCCCCGGAGCCGGAGAUGGAGGCGGCGGUGGCGGCGACCGGUCGAGCUUUGUGAUCGGCCUCAUUGAGAACCGAGCCAAGGAGGUUGGGGUUGCUGCUUUUGAUUUGAGAUCAGCCUCACUGCACCUUUCUCAAUAUAUUGAAACCAGCUGCUCAUAUCACAAUACAAAGACAUUGCUGCAUUUCUAUGACCCUAUGGUUGUAAUUGUGCCCCCAAACAAAACAGCAGCAGACGGUAUGGUUGGAGUUUCAGAGCUCGUUGGUAAACAUUUGCCAGCAAAUAAAAAGAUAACAAUGGCACGUGGCUGCUUCGAUGACACAAAGGGUGCUGUUAUGGUUAAAAAUCUUUCAGCUAGAGAUCCAUCUGCACUCGGUUUAGAUACUUAUUGCAAGCAGUACUAUCUUUGUCUUGCUGCUGCCUCUGCAACAAUUAAGUGGAUAGAAUCAGAAAAAGGUGUAAUUAUCACUAAUCACUCAUUAUCAGUUACAUUCAAUGGCUCAUUUGACCACAUGAACAUUGACUCAACUAGUGUACAAACAUUGGAAAUUAUUGACCCUCUUCAUACUGAACUGUGGGGAUCUGGCAACAAGAAGAAAAGUCUCUUUCAGAUGUUUAAGACUACAAAGACUACAGGAGGGACUAGACUACUAAGAGCCAACUUGUUGCAACCGCUAAAAGAUAUUCAAACAAUCAAUACUCGUCUGGACUGUUUGGAUGAGCUAAUGAGUAAUGAGGAAUUAUUCUUUGGCUUGACACAAGGUCUUCGCAAGUUUCCUAAAGAAUCAGAUAAGGUUCUUUGUCACUUCUGCUUCAAGCCCAAAAAGGUUACUAAUGAAGUACUGAAGCCUGCUAAUGGUAGAAAGAGCCAAAUGCUGAUUUCUGACAUUAUUGUUCUAAAAACAGCUCUAGAUGCCAUACCAUUCCUCUCCAAGGUUCUGAAGGGGACAAAGAGUUUUCUUCUUCGCAACAUUUAUCAGACUAUAUGUGAAAACCCAAAGUACGCAAGCAUGAGAAAGAGAAUUGGGGAUAUCAUUGAUGAAGAUGUUGUUCAUUCAAGGGCUCCUUUUGUAUCCUGCACUCAACAAUGUUUUGCUAUUAAGGCUGGUAUUGAUGGGCUGCUUGAUGUUGCUCGUAGAUCUUUCUGUGAUACCAGUGAAGCCAUACAUAACCUCGCCAACAAGUACAGGGAGGAUUUUAAGCUUCCAAAUUUGAAGAUACCAUAUAACAACAGACUAGGAUUUUACUUUAUUAUACCCCAGAAGGACAUUACUGAAAGGCUCCCUAAUAAAUUUAUACAGGUGGUUAGACAUGGGAAGAAUGUCCACUGCUCAAGCCUGGAGCUUGCUUCGCUAAAUGUCAGGAAUAAGUCUGCUGCUGCUGAGUGCUUCUUACGCACAGAACUUUGUUUGGAAGGGCUAAUUAAUGAGAUCAGAGAAGACAUUGGUAUAUUAACGUUGCUAGCUGAAGUAUUAUGCCUAUUGGACAUGCUUGUAAAUUCUUUUGCGUUUACAAUAUCUACAAAGCCCAUUGAUCGUUACACGAGACCUGAAUUCACAGAUGAUGGUCCAAUGGCAAUUAAUGCUGGCCGGCAUCCUAUUCUUGAGAGCUUGCAUAAUAAUUUUGUUCCUAACAAUCUCUUUCUGUCUGAAGCAUCUAAUAUGGUUCUUGUCAUGGGACCAAACAUGAGCGGAAAAAGCACAUAUCUUCAACAGAUUUGUCUAAUAGUCAUACUUGCACAAAUUGGCUGCUAUGUUCCAGCUCAAUUUGCAUCACUAAGAGUGGUUGAUCGCAUAUUCACACGGAUUGGCACUGGGGACAAUGUUGAAAAUAACUCAAGCACGUUCAUGACAGAAAUGAAAGAGACUGCUUUCAUUAUGCAAAAUAUUUCUUCGAAGAGCCUGAUUGUUGUGGAUGAGCUUGGAAGAGCCACGUCUUCCUCUGAUGGGUUGGCGAUUGCAUGGAGCUGCUGUGAAUAUCUAUUAUCUUCUAAAGCCUACACGGUGUUUGCCACACACAUGGAGAGCUUGUCAGAGCUUGCAACCCUUUAUCCAAACGUGAAGAUCCUCCAUCUUGAAGUUGACUUGAGAAAUGACCGUCUUGAUUUCAAGUUCCGGUUGAAGGAUGGUGCCCGAAGAGUACCGCAUUAUGGUCUUUUGCUGGCAAAGGUGGCUGGCCUCCCUACUUCAGUGAUCGACAGUGCAACAAGCAUCACUUCACGGAUCACAGAACAGGAAAUGGUGAGGAUGGAUGCCAACUGCGAGCAGUACCGGUCGCUCCAGAUGGCAUACCAGGUCGCGCAACGGCUCAUCUGCUUGAAGCACUCCAACCAAGGCGAUGGCUACGUCCGACAAGCGUUGCAGGAUCUCAAGUACGGCUACGCUGCAGGCCGCUUGACAUGACAAGUGCUACAGCCAAAUUACACCAACCUAAAUAUAGUGCUUUAUCUAAAAAAGAGGGGAUAAAUGCAGUACCGUGCCAGGAGCUGGUCCGAUAGCAAGUUAGCAACCCAGGAUCGGUCAACAGCCGCAGUUGGUAUGCUCCCUUUGCUUCCGUGAAACGGCCGCGUAAUCCUUGCCACUGCGUUGGUACUACCGUCACGUAAUCGAAUUCUUUUUUUUUUCUCUCGUAUUCGGAUUUUGUAGCUGUAUCUUUUUUAUAACAUGACUAACCACAUCCCGGGAUAACGUACAUGGAUGGGAGAAAUUAUGAAAGAGCUAUUAGUAUUACUUAUUACUUGAGUGA